GUUUUUGUUUUUGUUCCUUCCUAAUCUGUGAGUUUGUUUAUCUUCAAUAGCUUAUUACUGUUUAUACUUUAUACAAAAAUAUUGUAUUUUUAUUUAAAAGCAAUCACUUUUGUGAAUCAUGCAAGGCAAUAGAAGUCGGUCCCGAUCACCGAUUAGAUCACAAUCCAUUAAUGAUAAUGCAGCAAAUAAUGAUAAUAGCAAGAACUGUCUCUACUUAUUUGUGGGUAACUUACCCACUCACUGGGACCAUAUUAAGAUCAAAAUGUUUGUUUCUGACACAUGCAGGUCAUCUAUAAUUUCAAAGUCCUUGAAAUUUGUGAAAGUUUUGAAAGAUCUUAGAAAUAGGUCAAAAGGAGAGUGCAUAUUGAAAUUUUCAAGCCCUAAUGCGUGUAUUAUGGCAUUCAAACUAUUAAAAGGUGUUGAUUGUGAAGAUAAAAAAUUAGUUGUAAUGCUUGAUUCUGGUGAACUGUUUGAACAAUUAACAAGUGAUACAAGGAAAACAACACAAUACAAUGAUAAACCUGCACUAAAUAAAAAUUUACCAACAAAUAGUCACCCAUCUCUCAAUACAAACAACGCGAAACCUGUGGAUGUUACCAACGUCCAAGGUAUGCAUGAGACGUACGGACUUAGCUUGACUUUCUUGCAAACUCUCGGAAUAAAGUUGCCAUUGCAAAAAAGAGUAUUCGUAAGAAAUUUACCUAGUAAUAUAGAGGAAGACCAGUUGCGCCAUAUCUUCGGGUAUGCGGGCCAAGUUUACGCAGUAAUGAUUGUGAGACAGAACCGGGAAAAUGAAGAAAAAUUGUUUGCAAAGAUCGAAUAUGACCAUCCAGUGGAAGCAGUGCAGGCAGUGUCAAUGUUCCACGGUCAGGAAUACAUGAGUAAGAAAUUGCAUGUACAAAUGGACAACAACCCAAAUGCUAAUUUCCAAUACUUACCACGCGAACUAAAGACCGUAGGACCUGGACUAGGGCCCAAUGGAGAACCGUUGAGAAACGUCAGGAGCGCCGUCGAGUUUGAGCCCGUCAAACAGCUUCUACUACAGGAACUGGCUAAAUUACAAACGAUGAAACUUCAAGAGGGAAAUAUGAGCAGCAUGGCCGUAAAUCAAGUGAUCCCACAAGACAACACCAUGGGUAUCAUGAACAACAUGAUGAACUUCCAAAACCCUAUGGGCCUUUUGAAUGUUAAUGCUUUCAACCCGCUCAGUCAGCAGAGUUGGUAUGGCCUCAGCAAUCUGAUGAGCAAUCAAGGGACACAGAACUUGCAGGUCAUGCAAGGGUUACUACAGCAAAGUAUGGGUAACGAUCUAUCUGGGUUACAGAUUCAAAAUAUGCCAAACACAACUCAAAGUUUAUUGGGCAACAUGUCUCAGAAUCAAUGGAAUACUACGUCUCAAAAUCUAUUAACCAACAUGAGCCAGAAUAUUGCUCAAAAUCGAUCGGAUAACAUGGAUUCAUAUUCACAAAAAAAUCAAACGAGACAUAGAGAUAGAAAGAUUUCAGAAGAUGAUGACCAUUACGAAAAAUCAUAUGACAAAUUUGAUAUUGAGCGUCUGAGUUACGCCAAUUCAAAGUUUAAUAAAGACUCGGAUUCAUACCGGCGCAGCGCAACACCGAAGAAAAGUGAUGAUUCUGAUAGAAAUAUUAUGUCAUCAUCGGGCAUGUUGAUUUUCACCGAUCUGCCUUCAAGUGUGACCAUCAAGGCGUUAUCAUCCAAAAUGAGCGAAGUGGGCGAAGUAAAGUUUGCGGAGAUGACCGGACAGAACAGGGCCAUCGUGAGGUUCACUAACGCCCGCGACGCAGAACGCUGUGUCAGACUGUUUGAUCGUUCUAAAGUGGAUGGUCAGAUAAUCCACGUGAAAUUCCUAUAAGUGAUGUGGAGUAUGCAGCUGAGUUCAAGACAUAUUUCAAACUUUAAUUACAUUUACUGCUUAUCUAGUGCUUAGAUAAUUAUUUUUAUUAUUAGUAGUAAGCCCAAUAUUCCUAAACCUUUACGCUAUAAUUAGUAUUUUGUUCUAAUAAAGUAUAUUAACUA